GUACAAAUAUAUCAGAGCCAAACUCAACACCAUCAGUGUCAGAGAAUAGAAACAGUGUAGGUAUCAAGAAGUCUUGAGGCUUUAACACAGUCUGUGUUUUUCACCAUCUGUCAUUUUUCGGGUCAAUAUGGAGCUCAGUCAACUUCCUCUUGUGCUCUUGCUGAUUUCAAUCAUUCACUCUGGACAAACUGAAGAAAGACCAAAACCCAAAGUAACCAUUAAACCUGCUCAGCAUGUAUUCAGAGGAGAAACAGUCACUCUCAGAUGUGACAUCUAUGGUGGAGUCACUAGCUGGAGCUACAGCUGGUAUAAAGAAGGUUCAACCAGUGUUUUCAGUGAUCGACAGGAACACACAUUCAGUUCUGUUACUGAAAAUAAUGCAGGUAAAUACUCCUGUAAAGGAUUUAAACGAUCACGCUGGUCACAAAUGAGUGAUGCAGUUACACUGACAGUAUCAGAUUUUCCUACACCUAUUCUGACUGCUGAGCCACAGAGUUCAGUGUUCACUGGAGACUCAGUUACUCUGAGAUGUGAGCUGAUUCAGUCACACAAUGGAUGGGAGUUUCUCUGGACAAAACACUCACACAGUGAAUCUACUGAAACUGCAACUACAAUAAUCAAUUCUGUGAAAGUCUCUGAUGGAGGAGAGUACAAGUGCAGAGCACGAAGAGGAAGAUAUUACACAGGUUACAGUAAACCAGUAAUAGUGACAAUAUAUGAAAGACCAAAACCCAAAGUGACCAUUAAACCUGCUCAACAUGUAUUCAGAGGAGACACAGUCACUCUCAGAUGUGACAUAAAUGGUAAAGGAGUCACUAGCUGGAGCUACAGCUGGUAUAAAGAAGGUUCAACCAGUGUUUUCAGUGAUCGACAGGAACACACACUCAGUUUUGUUACUGAGUCUGACGCAGGUAAAUACACCUGUUAUGGAUCAGAGACAGAAGGAUCACGCUGGUCACAAAAGAGUGAUAAAGUUACACUGACAGUAUUAGAAAGACCAAAACCCAAAGUGACCAUUAAACCUGAUCAACAUGUAUUCAGAGGAGACACAGUCACUCUCAGAUGUGACUUAAAUGGUGAAGGAGUCACUAACUGGAGCUACAGCUGGUAUAAAGAAGGUUUAACCAGUGUUUUCAGUGAUCGACAGGAACACACACUCAGUUCUGUUACUAAAUCUAAUGCAGGUAAAUACACCUGUAAAGGAUCAGAGACAGGAGGAUCACGCUGGUCACAAAUGAGUGAUGCAGUUACACUGACAGUAUCAGAUCCCAGAGCAGUUUUAAGUGUUUCUCCACAUAUGUGGUUGACUGAAGGAGAUCCAGUGACUCUGAUCUGUGAGGUUUACAACUUUUCUACAGGCUGGACAUUCAGCUGGUUCACUUUAACUGUCUCAGCAGAGAACAGCCGUCAUUAUAAUCCACUCUCAGACAGCAGCAGAGGAGCAGGAGGAAACUACACUGUCAGUUCUGCCGCUCUAAAUCACACAGGAGUUUAUUCGUGCAGAGCAGAGAGAGAGAAACCAGCCUAUAAAACACAGUUCAGCAACACACAGCUGCUGUGGGUCACUGGUGUUUCUCCUCCAGUCUCUCUGAUCGUCAGUCCCAGCAGAACUCAACACUUCACAUCUGUCUCUCUCUCUCUGAUCUGUGAGGACCAGAGUAACUCUACUGGAUGGAGAGUGAGAAGAUACACAGACGGUGGACGGCUGGAAGAUUGUUCAUCAUUACAUCGAGGAUCACAAACAGGAUCUACAUGUACAAUCAGCUCCACCAUCACAUCACACACUGGAGUGUACUGGUGUGAGUCUGAAUCUGGAGAGAAACAUCAUCCUGUUAAUAUCACUGUACACUUUGGUGUGAUUCUGGAGAGUCCUGUUCAUCCUGUGACUGAAGGAGAUCAUCUGACUCUACACUGUUUAUAUCAACAUACAACCUCACCAAACCUCAGAGCUGAUUUCUAUAAAGAUGGAUCACUCAUCCAGAAUCAAACUACAGAGAUGAGCAUCACUACUGUCUCAAAGUCACAUGAGGGUUUCUACUACUGCAAACACCCAGAGAGAGGAGAGUCACCCAAGAGCUGGAUCUCAGUCAGAGACUCAAGAUCUGAUGGUCUCAAACCCAUAAUAACUGGAGUGACUGCAGGACUGACUGUCUCAGUUUUGAUCAUUGUCUUCUUGAUCCUGCUGUGGCGCUACAGAAACAACAAAGGUGGAAGAUCUCAGUCUCCCUCUACUGUCAGUCAACAACAGAACAACAGUCAGACAUCAGACCAGAAACACAGUGAAGCCGGAUACAACACACUGCUGUCUAGACAGUGUAAGUGA